UGUGUUGCGAAUUUUGAGUUGCUUAGGGCUCGACGUUGCCCCUCGUCUGUUGUAAGUCUGUGCUGUUAUUACGUGGGCAGUAUUCAAGAUGACCCCACGUGUGCUGGUGGUGGGCGGCGGGCUGACCUCAGCCGUGACAUCAUGUCUGCUGAGAGAGGAGCUGCAGUCUCGCUGCCAGCUGGCCAUCUGGGACAAGGCACGAGGGGCAGGCGGUCGUCUCUCGACCUCGCGAGGCCCCGAGGGCUGCGGCAAUGCUGACCUGGGCGCCCAGUACGUGACCGUGUCACCGCACUACCAGCAGCGCCACCAGAGGUUCUACUCGGAGCUGACUGGAGCAGGGGUACUGGCGCCGCUCUCCGCCAUCGUACAGGGUCUACGGGUGCUGGCGCCGCUCUCCGCCACCGUACAGGGCCUGCGCCCCUCCCCGGCCGGCACGCGCCACCUAGUGGCCAGCGACGGCAGUAGCGCGCUCGUGCGCCACUUUCUGCGUCGCGCCACGGCGGAGCCUGAGUUCGGCCAGCACGUGACAGAGGUGUCGCCAGGUGACAGCACAGUGUCAGUGGUCACCGCCGCCGGCCGCCAGGAGGCGUUUGACGUGGUCGUGCUGACAAUGCCCACGCCUCAGAUCCUCGGCCUCGGAGGCUCCCUGCUCAAAGGCUCCGAUGCUGACGAGGACAGCGUGGUGGCCGGCCUCCGAGGCGUCGAGUACAGCUCCCGGUACGCGCUCGGACUGUUCUUCGACAAACCUGGCGCGGUGGACGUGCCCUGGGGCGCCACAUACGUCUCGGAUCAUCCAGUCAUCCGAUACGUGGCUGUGGACAACGUGAAGCGGGGGAAAGAUACUGCCCCGACAUCGGUGGUUGUCCACACGAGCGUGGCAUUCGGAGUGGAGCACGUGGAGAAGACACCGGAUCAGGUGCAGCCAAUCCUGCUGCGCCACGUCACGGAGCUCUUCCCUGAUUGGCCUGUGCCGGUUACCAUCAAGUGCCAGAAAUGGCGCUUUUCUCAGGUGGUGACCCCGUACCCGGGCAGCCCGGGCCACGUGGUGCUCUGUCGCCGCCCGCUGGUGGUGGCUGCAGGAGACGCCUUCACUCACUCCAACGUCGACGGCUGCAUCGAGUCGGCGGAGAGCACCGCGCAGGGUGUAAUUCAGUAUGUGAAGAGCCUGCACAGCUAGUGCCCAGCAUGUGGUCCAGUGCGUGGAGAGUCGGCACAGAUAGUGGGCAGUGUGCGACGGUCGGUGAGGUAGCCGCAUUGUGCUGCCGGCAUCGGAGGUAGCCGUAGGUCGCCACAUCUGAGACAGCCACAGAUAGCCAAAUUUGAGGCAGCCAAAGGCAUGCACGUCUGAAGCAACCAAAGGUAGUCACAUCUGAGGUAACCGCAGGUAACCACAUCUGAUGCAGCCGCAGGUUGAGGUGUCCACAGGUCGCCACAUUUGAGGUAGCCGCUGGCAGCCACAUCUGAGCUAGCCACUGGUAGUCACAUCUGAGAUGGCCACAUGCAGCCGCAUCUCAGGUAGCCACAUCUGAGGUAGCCGCAGGUAGCGAGGUAACCCACGCUGCGUGGUGGUCAAGGGGGGCACUUCACACCGGGUGACGACCUUCCGGUUGCUUAAGGUGGACCAUACCUUUUGACGAGCAGUCGAGGUAGUUCGCACUCGGUGGCGGUCCAGGGAGGCGUAAGCCAUCCGUGAUGUUGAUCCGCCCCGUGUGUCUGAACGGUGUCGUAAGGUGAAUGGUACGUCUCAUGCGGUUUCAGUACGGGUUGGUGUAUUUCCAGCACGCGUCAGUGAUGUGCAUGUGACGAGCAAGGUCAAUGACCACCAAACGAUCGUCCCACAGGCAUGUAUCCUUUAAUAGUAUGUGAAAUUGUCGACCAAUAAUUGUGUCGAAGGUAGCCAUGCGGGAAAUGAUUCGAAAGGUGGAGGAUGUACCGUCAUAAUCGUGCGUGCAAUAAUGAAUAACGCGAUGUGCGAGGAAGAGAAGUUUUAGACAGGUCGUUUGUGAAAGCGUGAGAUACGUAGACUUUGGAGACAUUGCUCAUGUUUCGCUGUGGCGCGUUCUAUACGUGACGUUUUCAGAAGUCAGUGUGCUGAAAUCAAACGCAAUACAUUGUUG